GAUCGUAAGGCAGAAUUACUUGUAAUGUUGUCUUCUUCGCACUUCUCAAUUAUUGUGAUAUACUUUUGUGCGAUUUGGUCGAGCGUUCGCGAUGUGGCAGGUUAUCAAGAUGCGUAUGGCAAUUGGCUGGAGUGUCCGGAAGGCUAUAAGCUCCAGAAUAACAUGUGCCACAGAAAGAAUAUGUGCCAGGAAGGAUACUUUCUGCACACGGAUGGGUUUUGCUAUUUGAUAGAACCAUUACCCUGUCCUUACAAUACCACAGUACCUACCACAACAACAGAUGAAAUAACCACUGAAGAAACGACUACUGAAGAAAUAACCCCUGAAGAAACAACCACGGAGGAAACAACCAUAGAACCACCAAGUGAUGAUGCCGAUGAGCAGGUUCGCUGUCCUCCCGGAUCUGUAUACUUUGACGAACAGUGCCGCCGAAUAAUCUGCAGCCGGGGUGAAUACCAUGCUGGUCGUUGCCUCUCGCCUGCCUGCCCCCAUGGAACCGUGUGGCGCAACAAAAGUUGCCAGCCAUCGGGCUAUAUAACCACAAUACUGGAAAUCGAUAAUGUGAUCAAGAACAAACAUAAGUAUAAAAACGCAACAGAGAAUGUGAGUCAUGUGGAAUAUGUGACUCCUAAGCCAUACGAGCCGAAUCGGGACAACAGUUUUGAGACGACGACGUGGUGGACUCGUCCACAACCGGAACUAACAAUUCCAACAACGACGCCAGCGUAUUCGAGUGCAGAUCCUUCAUCCGGAUGUUGUUUGGUGAGGAGUCCACGUUUCUGUCGUCCCUAUGCACCCACCUGGAUAUGUUUCAAUCACAGCCAUAGGCUGUGCGAUAAACGAAUCUGUACACAUCCCGUAAUCUACCUGAAGCCACCCGAAAUUGUUCAACUAACCGAUCCACCGCUGCUAGUGAUGCCGCCGAACCCACCAUUAUCCAGUUGCCUAACUCCCGAUUGCCACGAGAGCGAGAUGAUCAACUGCUCGGGCUGUGCGCAGGGCUUGAGGGAAACCUGCUCGUCGUCCUGCUACAAUUACUUUUGUCCCGGCGACGCUUGUGAAUUCAAAAAAUCUGAGGAAUUUUGUGAACUUUAUCCGGGCGGUUUUGGAUGCAAGAAAAGCGAUGGUUGCAUCUGGAAAUGGUGCAAUGGCAAAUGCCGUUAGUGUAUCUAUUGGUGAAUUUAUACAAAUCCACUCUUAUACCAUAUGCCAAGAUUCUUAAAUAUGAAAUACAUAUUAAAAUUAA